ACUCACCCUGUUGCCUUUUAUUCUCGAAAGCUUAACCCAGCGGAACUUAACUACGACGUCUGGGAUAAGGAGAUGCUAGGAAUUGUUUCAGCCUUUAAGCAAUGGCGUCACUACCUCGAAGGACCUAGCAAAACGGUCCUAGUCUACACGGAUCAUAAGAACUUGGAAUAUUUCUCAACAACCAAGGUUCUUAACCGACGACAGGCAAGGUGGGCUGAGUCUUUGGCGGAAUUUGACUUUAAGAUUAUUUACCGCCCGGGAACCAAAAAUGGGAAGGCAGAUGCACUAUCGCGACGGCCGGAGUACCGUCCUGAAGGGGGAGGCACGCUUGGGAAGCAGCCGAUAGACAGGUUCUUUAAGCCCGGACAGUUGGCGGAGGAAGAGUUUGUGGCAUCAGCGGUGUCGCUUGCCUCCAAGGGGGUGAUUGACUGGUCUAAGAAUUUUCUGGAUCAUGUCAGGCAGGCGGCAUCGGGAGACCCGACAUGGGUAGGAAUGAAAGAGAAAAUUGAGCAAGGGGAGAAGCUAGGGGAACUGAAGGAUAUUGCUGAAAAAGACGGGCUACUCUUCUAUAAGAACCGACUCUGCAUUCCGGCAGAUGACCAUAUUAAGAUCCGAAUCGCAUAG